GGGCAAGGCACGAGGUCGGGGUGUUAGACAGGUAGACAGAUGGUAGUGUGUGAGGGAAAGAUGGUGUGCGUGACGGAUAAGCUCAUUCUCCGGGUAGAGGGAGGCAAAGGGAAGUGCAAUGAGUGUGUGCGGGGAAGGGGGGGAGAGGGAGGGGAGGGGGGAGGGAGGGAUGAAGCGAGAGAUCACUGUUCGGGAGGACGAGUUGGGCACCACGACCACAUACAUCCCCCCACACACACACAGACUCCUCCCUCCGGAAUUACCCCUCCCGCUCGCAGGCUCGCGGUCGGGAGUCCCGGUGACAAACAGGGCUGUGGUGUGGAUGACAUAGUGCACACCCCGGGAGACCCCCUACAUGAGGUGUCCUUGGACAGUGCGGGAGUCGUGGACAAUGUAAUUUUUGGGGUCGCGCGACCUUCGGCUUCAUCCGCGCUCAGGGCACCGGGUGAAGGGUAGCAACCAGUCACGGGCUCUGCCCGUGGCCGGGGGUGCACCCGGGGUCUUGAGCAGGCCGAGGAGCUUGACCACCAGGAAGGGGGGCCAGGGGAGGAGCCGGGCCCCUGGGCGCCAGGACGUAGUCCGUCUGGCGCCCUUGCACAUCCUUCCUCGUGGUCAGAAAUGACCCGCCAAACGUCAUGCGACCGGAGUCCGCAAGGGGGUGCGGUCUCAUUCGAAGGGGGUUGACCGGCGGUAGGUGCACCUACCGUUUGUCGCCCCCGAUGGUUGCGGUCAGGGAUCCGUCCCUAAACGGCGCUGCGAGGUGUGGACGGAUCAGCGGGGCGAGGGCGCAUGCGCCCUGCUCACGCUGAUCCUCCUAACCCCCCGUGGGAUGUGUGUCCAUCCCGCCGUCGGUCCGCCGACGGCAACCAGUGUCGUCACAUGUUGUCGGCAUUAUCAUCCAUAUUGCCAACCUCUCCCUGGUGGACCGCCGGAUGCUCGGUGGUCCUGAGCUGCAACCAGGACAGAGGUCGGCCUCUUGGAGGGUGGGAUCUGAAGGAAUAUCGGCCGUCGGCGCCCCAGUGAGGGAUUCCAAGUGACUAGAGUAUCCUGCAGUCGAUGUUGAGCACCCAACAAGUUGUACGCUGCACCACUUACGGAUGUCCUAUGUGGCGGCCGUCUUCUCGCCGUAGUGAGAUCAGUGGUUCGCGGUACUUAGGGCCGGCGUACAAUCCCACGGCAGGUGGCACCCUGCAGUUCCUGUAGGUGCUUCUCUGCUUAACUCCAUGCAACAACUCUCCAGCACGUGAUCUGGAACACAGGAGCUCUCAACAGCGCUGCUGUGUCUCGUCCAUUGUCAACGCCAUCUUCAACGCCAUCUCCAACG